AUGUCCAAGGCCCAAAAGGUGAAGAGUAACAAGGUUCAUUUCUUCAGCUUCGACUGGAAUAUACCCUCGUUCCUUACUCUGCCCAAGAUUACGCGCCAGAUAGACGAUGAUGUGCGCAAGGAAGUCAUCAUCGUGCCUGCAGACACUGUCAUUGCCGGAUCGGUCGUAGUCAGCAACUCCGGAGGAAAGAGCCUUGCUUAUGACUCUGUUGUCGUCGAACUACAGGGAGUUGUUGAGACUAACGACGAGCAGGCCAUUCGCCUUCCAUUUUUCUCCGUUGCAAGGAUAGCCAAGGGUGCAGGGACCCUCACAUAUCCCGAAACGUUCGGGUUCGAUUUCUCCGGGAACACGCUCCCCUGUGAGACUAUUAACGCGAUGGAUGCUGCGUUCUGCAUAAAGUACUUUCUAGUCUGCACUCUGAAGACCAAGACUGGCAAUUACUCUGGAGAUACAGAGUUUGCUUGUCUGAAGUACCUUCCUAAACCGCUAGAGACCAUCCCCAUCAGGACGGAAAUAGGAGUGGAGGACACUCUGCAACUGGAGCUGGAACUCAACAACACGUUCCUUGACAUUUCAAGGGACAUGCUGGUUGGGCGCGUUCACUUUGUGCAUGCGGCCAAGAAGCUGGAAGAAAUGGCCAUUAUCAUUAGAAGGAGGGAGCUCUUCCGUAAGAGCAAGAGCUCUACGGAGUGGUUCGCCUCUGCCUGGCACGACAUACACUACUACGAUAUCAUGGAAGGUGCCCCAACUCGCGAGGAAGUCAUACCGUUCAGAAUAUACAUGUCAAACUUGCAACUAUCUCCAUCCUUUAGUACAGAUAUUGCAAAACUAGAGUAUGCGGUCGUCCUUUCGCUGAUCGAUUCGGAGAGUAGGAGCUACUUCCGGUCACACGAGCUCACGCUCUAUAGAGGCUUCCCAGACGGGAAGGAAGCCGGAGAGCAGAAUAUCAACCCGCCAGUGGAUCAAGCUAUGUCAACAGCAGGAGGUGCCCGCUACGAGACCCAGGUUUCUUUCCCUGGAGCUGCUGCCCCGUCCACAGCCAUGCCCUACGGCGAUCCUACAGCUGGCUUGUCAUCCAUGAUGCCUCAGGCGGGUGUGCCUCAGCAGCAACCUCAGUAUGGAAGUGCAUAUGGUGGAGGAUACGGCGCUGGGAUGGCGUACGGCGCUCCCCAGCCACACCAUUCCGGGCCUGUCUCUGGGGCUGCCAUGCCUGUUGGGCCAGGGCCGCAACAGUACCAACAGUUUGGAAACCAGCAGGGGUCUCAGAUGCCUCCUCCUAUUCAGCCCCAAGGGCAGCUAGGCGCUGCUACCAUCCCUUCAGUCACUUCCGUUGAAGCUACGCCCCAGAUAGGAUCAACACCAAGUGGCCCUUAUGGCGCACCUCCCCCACAAUCUUCGAUGUACGGUGAUGCUUAUAAGUCAGAGGGCUCUGGGAUGGCAAACCCUUAUGGCACUCCUAGUUUUAGUCAGAAUCCCUAUGGCAAUCCCUAUGGUGCCUCGACUGGUCUGUACGGUUCGUAG